UUUUACCUUACAUGUCACAACAAUGCAGAGCUAGGAGGAGAGGCAGUUAGUAACACCCAGGUAACACCAUACUUACUGCUGUACGGCCACUUGGGGUAAUGCUUGCUUAAGCGUAAACACGUCUGUGUUCAAGCAGCAAGGCUCAUUCAUAUAGAGGAAAUCCACAAGAGCAGAAACGAUGUCUCUUCUGGAGGAUUUUGUUUCCUUCCUCUUCUACAGUCCCACCACUGUUCUGGGGGCUGCUGCUCUCCUGCUGUUUCUCUGGGUUCUUUUAUCUGGUAGUUUAAACUCAGAUGAAGGGCGGAAAGAGCCUCCAGGACCAAAACCACUUCCCCUGCUUGGCAACCUGCUGCAGCUAGACCUCAAGAGACCCUACAGAACCCUCUGUGAGCUAUCAAAGAAAUAUGGGUCUGUGUUUACGGUGCACAUUGGACCGAAUAAAGUGGUGGUCCUGGCCGGGUACAAGGCAGUCAAAGAGGCUCUGGUUGGAUAUGCAGAAGAGUUUGGAGAGCGACACAUCUUCCCCAUAUUCUAUGAUGUGAAUCAAGGCCAUGGGAUCUUGUUUGCUAACGGAGAAUCAUGGAAGGAGUUGAGACGUUUUGCCCUGACAACCCUGAAAGAUUUUGGGAUGGGCAAAAGAAUAGCUGAGGAAAGAAUCUUAGAGGAAUGCCAACAUCUGAUCCAAGUAUUUGAACAUCAUGAAGGAAAACCCUUUGAUUCAUCACGUCCGGUGAAUCAUGCUACAUCGAAUGUCAUUUCCUCCAUAGUGUAUGGUAGCAGGUUUGAAUAUGACGACCCCAGAUUCCAAUGCAUGGUAAAAACCGCCUGUGAUACCAUAAGCGUUGUUGGUACCGCACAAAUCCAGAUUUUCAACAUGUUUCCCAGGCUGUUUUGUUGGAUCAAAAACCGGCAGCACAUAUUAAGAAAUACUGAGACACUUGUUAAAAGUGUCAAAGAGAUAACCAAAACUCUGAAAGAAACACUGAACCUCCAAAUAUGCAGAGGGCUUGUGGACUGUUUUCUGAUUCGCAAGCAGAAAGACGAGGACUCCUGCAAUAUGGACUCCUUCUACAAUGAGAAUAACUUGAUAUUUACAAUCACCAACUUGUUUGCUGCUGGUACUGAUACCACAGCCACCACACUGUCAUGGGCAUUUCUGUAUAUGGCCAAAUAUCCCCACAUACAACAAAAGGUCCACGAGGAGCUGAGCAAGGAGAUGGGAAGCCGUGAGGUCCGGGUAGAUGAUCGGAAAAAUCUGCCAUACAUUGAUGCUGUCAUACAUGAGACACAGAGACUGGCCAACAUUGUCCCCACUAGUUUACCUCACCAAACCAGCCAAGACAUCACCUUCCAGGGAUACUUUAUCAAAAAGGGGACUAUUGUGUUUCCUCUGCUUACUUCUGUUCUCCAAGAUGAGAGUGAAUGGAAAACCCCCUACACUUUUAACCCUUCCCACUUUCUUGAUGAGGAGGGUAAAUUUAUGAAGCGAGACGCCUUCAUGCCAUUUUCCGCAGGUCGCAGGAUGUGUCUCGGAGAGGGUCUGGCUAAGAUGGAGCUCUUCCUCUUCUUCACCUCUGUCCUCCAGCGAUUCCGGUUCACUCCUCCACCUGGAGUUACAGAAGAUGACCUAGAUCUGAUACCAGCUGUGGGCCUGGUACUUAGACCUUCACUUCAUGAGCUUUGUGCUGUCAGUCACCAAUGAUGCUGAGAUCUGUAGAUGAUGAUAACUGCCAGGGUUAGUAAACAACUGCUGGAUACCAUCAGCAGACGGUUCCUCUUAGUCCGUCUAAAUAGUUACCUGUAAUGGUCUUGUGUGAGGUGGAUGAUUUUGUACAUUGGUGAGGACACGGUUUAGGAUUAAUGAUUUUUGUAAACUGUUCAUAUAAGUUCAGGAGAUCAGUCUGGAUGUAAAAACAAUCAAAAUAAGUGUUUUUUACUAUUAAGCCUUCUACAUUAAAAUAAAUAAAUUUGCCUAUUGAUCAACUAUAGAUCAUAUUCAUUAUAAGGUGAACUUGGUUGUGUUGUUUAUAAUUAAAAAAUUGUUUAAUUUCUCAUAUUACAGCAAAAUACAACAAUUGUAAUGUUUGAAAUUCAUUUUUGCACUUCCUCCUUCUGAGACGCACAUUGUAGAGUUGAACUUACUGAAAAUAACAGCAACAUUUUUUCAAAUCUAGCUCUUAAAUGUUUAAAAACAUGGUUUGAAAUUAACUUUUUCAUAUCACAGUUAGAGCAUUACUUCUGGAUUUGAAUAUAUUAAAGCUAAUGUCUCUGUGAAUACAAAAUGUUAAAUCUAAAUGUUAAAUGUUAACUCAAGAUGUUAAAUCUAAAUGUCAAAUUGAAAUCUAAUUUGUUAAAAGUAGCAAUUGCUGAUAAUAAAAUUAUAGCUCCACCCCAUAUCUUCUACUUUCUUUACAUCAAAAAUGAUAACAAACUACAUUUAUCUACUGGUUUUGU